AUGGUGAUGAUCAUGGUCAAGAAUUUUGAUGAUCAUAAGGAUGCUAAUCAGAAGGAUGAUCGUACUAAUUGUGAUUAUAAUGCUGAUGAUCAUAAAUUUGGUAAUGAUUAUGAUUAUGUUUAUGUUGAUGAUGAUCAUAAUGAAAAUGAUCAUAAUGAUGAUGAUCAUGUUCAGGGUGAUAAUUAUCUUGAUAAUAAUGGUCAUGAUGAUGUUCAUAAUGCUAAUGGUUAUAAUGAUUAUGAUCAUAAUGAUGAUGAUCCUAAUGAUGAUCAUAAUGAUCCUGAUCAUAAUGAUGAUCAUGGUCAAGGAUAUAUCAUUAUGGUCAAGGUGAUGAUUAUCAUGAUGAUGAUCGAUGAUUGGGUUGGUGAUCAUACUAAUUGUGAUCACAAGGAUGAUGAUCAUGAUUAUAAUGAUUAUAAAUAUGAUGAUCAGCAUGAUGAUUAUCAUGAUGAUGAUCAUGAUGAUGAUGAUCAUAAAUAUGAUGAUGAUCAUGAUGAUCAUGAUAAUAAUGGUCAUGAAAAUGAUAAUUAUGAAGAUAAUGGUUAUGAUGAUAUUGAUCAUGUUUAUGGUGAUCAUGAUGAUGAUCAUGAUAAAGAUCAUGAUGAUAAUGAUCAUAAUGGUAAUGAUCAUAAUGGUGAUGAUCAUGAUCAUAAAUAUAAUCAUCAUGUUUAUGGUGAUCAUGAUGAUGAUGGUUAUGAUAAUGAUAAUCAUGAUGAUGUUACAUCCCGAGCAAAAGGCGAGGCUUUCGAUAUUCAAGUCAAAGGUCAGCCUAUGCGAUUCGAUACAAGUGAGAAGUAG